UUGAAAACGAUAUACAAAACCUCCAAGCUACUAAAGAAAGAGUGCGCGCUGAGACCGAGAAUAAUAUCGCUGCACUUCAAAAAAAAGAAGCGCAGAGAAGAAUGGAAAUAGAAAGAGAGAUACAAAGCCUCCAAAAACACGAGAAGAGAGUACGUGCUGAGACACAUAGCAAUAUCGAUGCACUACGACAAUAUGAAACGCAAAAAAGAAUAGAAAUUGAAAACGAGAUACAGAGACUCCGAGAAGAUGAAGAGAGAGUACGCGCCGAGGCCAACAGUAACAUCGCUACACUGCUGCAAGCUAAAUCUGAUGCCCAACAGAGUAUAACUCAACUGGAAAAAUAUUAUGCUGAGACAAAACAAGUACACGAAGCAGAUAUUGAGGACUUGACACGACAAGAAGCUAAGGAAAGAGCUAUUAUUGAGGAGAAUAUUAAAGCGUUGCAAGAUGACUUGGCUUCGAGACAAGAAGAGUUUGAAAUUAUCAUGGACUCUCUGCAACAAGAAGAGGACCGAACAAGGGGAGAAAUCGAAGCUGAAAUUGAAAAACUGGACGAUGCUGAGACCAACAGGAGAGAAGAACACAAUAAAAUUAUUGAUGAUCUAAAGCGUGAUUUUCUUGAAAAAAAAUCUCAAGUAGAGUCUGAAAUUCGAAGGAUAAGUGAAAUUGAAGCUCAGACAAAAGAAAAUAUAGAGAGACACAUACAAGCUAUGGAAGCUAUACUAGCUGGUACCAGAAAGAGGUAGUGCAGUAAGCAGAUAUUACGACCAAAUACAUCCUACGAAACAAGCCACUUUAUUUUAAUGAAUGGAGCUCUAUGCACUUGUGCGCGCUCCAGUAAUAUAUAUUUAAAAUACAUUUAUUUUGUUUUUGAGAGCCAUUCUCACGGCCCAAGGGACUGUAUUAUAUAUGUUACAGUCAUAGUGAUUAAAUAGCAAGUAUUCAUAAUAACUGGUAAUUGUAAUAAGUACCAAAUUCACUAGAAAAUGUAAAAAAAUAAUCACUUUAUCUAGACAUUAUUCAUAAUCAGGAGUCCAAGUUAGUCAAAGUAAUAAUACAUGUGUAACUCAAAAUGUCAUAAGAGCCUUACUUGUAAGAAUAACAUGUAAGAAUAAAAAUUAGUCUUUAAGAUCAAAUACUAAUUUGUUUUGGCAUAAAUUUGAUUCGCAUUACGUUAGUAGGCCUAUUUUUUUUUUUUGUUGACGGUGGGAAACCUUCAAAAGGCGCCUAGCUUUUUGGGGAUAAAAGACUAGGGAGUGUGGGAUUUUUACCUCACUAAAACCACCCCGGUGGCCACCCACAACACCUGUAAGGUGCACGGUGCAACGCCUGUUACGGCACUUCCCUAGGGAGACGUUGUGUCUCCCACGAACCUUGCUGUGCAAGUUGCACGGCAGCACGUGACCACUGUGCCACCGUCUUCCCUGAGGUCACUGGGUGGGCGCCUAGAGUCCUCACUCUAUGCGCCCGUGGCCCCAAAGACGUUAGUAAGCCUACUGACUAAUGACUUAUGCAGGAAAUGGUGGUGGUGAUAUUGUUUAUUUGUAAAGGACAUACUAUAGUCAGUACGAUAUGUGCUAUAAGUUACUGAACUAUGUGCUGUAUUCACUCUGUAUUGUAGAGAUAUACAUACUGUACAUCAUGUAUUAGCAUGUCUCACGACUAGUGACACUUUACUGGAUCUGUACCUCUGCUAUAAUUAGUUUGUACCGACCCAUUCACAAAUAAAGCAAUUUGAAUUAUGUAUGCCAUUUUUUUAUAUUGUUUUUCUCAUAAUUAUAAUAUAUUCCUUAUGAA